GCGCGUGCGCUGCUAGCCAUGGCUUCUUCUCUUACCAAUCCAGUUCUGGCGGUCCUCCCUCGAGUGGAGCAGCUCUCCCCGCGAGUGAUGCGAGUCCUGGGCCUCAACCCCGGCAAGUACACUCUCCAAGGAACCAACACGUACCUCGUGGGGACGGGGAAACGGAGAAUAUUGAUAGAUGCAGGGGAGCCCGAGCGAGCGGACUAUCUGGAGCUGCUUCGGUCCGCUCUCCAGCAGGCCAAGAGCGUCGUGUCGGAGAUCCUGGUGACCCACUGGCACCUGGAUCACACAGGGGGAAUCCCCGCUGUUAGGGCCAUGAUGGCAGAUGCAGUAGGUGGGCAUAUAAAGGUGUCCAAACUUCCUCUCUCUCCCACUGCCUACAAUGACCGAGUGUGGGGGAAAGAAGUGAAUCCGUUUCUAGAGAAACUUCUAGAAGUUCUCCCCGAAGACCACACCCACCUCCAGGACGGCGCCCGCAUCUUGGUUGAGGGUGCAACUCUGGUUGUCAUAGCAACCCCAGGCCACACCCCCGACCACAUGUGUCUGCUGCUAGAAGAGGAGAAUGCGAUAUUCAGUGGUGACUGUGUACUAGGCCAAGGAAGUGCUAGUUUUGAGUCUCUGGCGGCGUACAUGAGGUCACUGAAAAGGCUGCAGUCCCUCUCUCCCUCUCUCCUCUACCCCGGGCACGGUCCAGUGGUGACUGAUGCCAGCCACAGAAUACAGCAGUACCUCAACCACAGAGAGCAGAGAGAGAGCCAGGCAAGCAACGAACACAGUCGGCACAGAUUCUAUAUACUACUUCUCUCUCCAUCUCCAUGCUCACUAUCUCUCUAAUGGUUUGGGAUUGUGUUUGUAAUAAACACCUCACUGUACUGUGGCUUCUUCACUUUCUGAAAACCCCGUGGUGGAGUCAGGCCAAAUUAGUCACUUUCCUCUCUCCAUUUCGUUGCCAAGGUAUUAGCACAGUUGUCACGUUCACACGAGCCCUGCUCAGUGGCUCAGUUGGUAGCCAAUCUGUACCCUGACCUCCACUCGGACCUGGUGCCCGGGGCACAGGGCAACAUCUCCAAUCACCUCCAGAAACUAGAGGAAGAAAUGAGAAUAAAGAGACACACUGUUGCCGGGGAGUCAAGAUGGACUUUGACCUCAUCAGGGACACCAAAACUAUGACAUCAUUAUUAUACUCCAAAAAUCUGCACCUGCAAUUUUGCACCACUUUCAGAGAUUAUUUUGAAUAGCCAGCAGCCACUGAAAUUUUGUGUCUGUGAGAUGAUAAAAAAUGAGAUUGUGAGGUGUAGUUUAUGAUGAACUGGAAUUCGGAGUAUUGAUGGAGGAGACGCGGUGGAAGAGGCCGCAUGGAGUCAUGUGCAGCCCUGUCUUGCAGUAUACCAGGACUCUCGACGGUCUCUGGACACUGUCUUUGCCCUCGCUCGCUUCUUCGGCCGCGUCUAGACCCGCGCCCUCGCUUUUCCCGCCGGCUGUACUGGCGCUGUAGUGCAGGAACAGCACCCCCAGCACGUAGCAGGAGCAAAAUAGAGCGAAGAAGCGAAGCAAACCCCCCCUUCGGCACACCGCUGCGGUCCGGGUGUCCGCAGGC